AUGGGCAAGUUCCGCUUUCUCCAUUUUCUUCGCGAGCAAUGGACAGAGCUCCCGAUCUCCACUGCGGAUGUCAGCGACAAGUCGCUGGUCGUGGUCGGUGCUAAUGUCGGGCUUGGAAACGAAGCUGCCGUGCAUUUAGCCCAGCUAAGCCCCAAGAGCCUGUUGAUCACCAGCAGAGACGAAGCCAAGUGCGAAGGGUCAAAAGCAGACGUGGAAACCCGGUCGGGCAUGACUGAUAUCGAAUCCUGGCCUCUCGAGCUAUGCUCAUUCGACUCAGUGCGUUCUUUUGUGAACAGGUUUGAGGCGAAGGGCUGCACAGUAGACGCUCUAAUUGCCAACGCCGGCAUAGUGACAAUAAAGUACGCGAAAACCCCGGAUGGCUACGAAACUUCAUUGCAAGUGAAUUACCUCUCGACCGCUUUGUUGAGCACUAUUGAUGCUGCUCACCUCAACAAGACCGGGACCCCUGAAAACCCCUCCAGACUUGUCAUUGUGACUAGUGCGGUUCAUUAUCUCGCCAACAGAUUGGAAGGAGCAGAUAAAUGGCCUAGUAUCAUCGACAAAAAAAGACGAGGAGUAUUGUACCUAUUUGCUGGGAGCAUUUACAAAGGGUUAAUGGCACGCACGACUGAUAUGGGCAGUCGAACCCUUGUCCACGCAGCAAUCGAACCAGUGAGAGGGAACGGCAUGGUCACUACGUGUCGAGCUGUGAGGUUGCAGAGGAGUGAUUAUGCUCUCAGCGUGGAAGGAAGGGAGGUGUCAAAGCGUCUGUGGUAUGAGACCAUCAAGAUCCUUGGAGACAUCGAUCCAAGAGUUCGCACAAUUAUGUCUGAGUACCUCAUCCAGGACUAGCAUUGGAGUAGGGGACCCCUAUGUAAGGCCGACUUAUAGUUCGAUGGAAUGGAACGAGAAGACGAGAAAUGCGAGACGUGUCGUUUUACGACCGAAAGCGGGAACAACGAGAGAGUCUGUAAGGCUGGUGCUGUGAGGAUCUUUUCGUGCUUGGAGCGGGGAAUCAGAGUCUUGGAUUCUGCUAUAGUACGAGUGCACAGGCGCGGUAUCUAAGUGUUUGCGACCGAACGAUUAAACCAGAUUUGAGUAGGUAGCAUGUGGAGCUGAAAAUAAU